ACCGAUAAAGUUGUUUGAAGCUGAGCCGGCGGCGGCGGGUCACGUGAGCGGAACAUGGCGGCCCCGGCAGGCGGCGGGGGCUCCGCGGUGUCCGUGCUGGCCCCAAACGGGCGGCGCCACACGGUGAAGGUGACGCCGAGCACCGUGCUCCUGCAGGUUCUGGAGGACACGUGCCGGCGGCAGGACUUCAACCCCAGGGAAUACGACCUGAAGUUUCAGAGGAGCGUGCUCGACCUCUCCCUGCAGUGGAGGUUCGCCAACCUGCCCAACAACGCCAAGCUGGAGAUGGUGCCCGCGUCCCGCAGCCGCGAGGGGCCCGAGAACACGGUGCGCAUCGCUCUGCAGCUGGACGAUGGCUCCCGGCUGCAGGACACUUUCUGUUCGGGCCAGACACUCUGGGAGCUUCUCAGCCACUUCGCAGAGACCAGGGCGUGUCUGGAGCAGCCAUGGGAGGCCAGCCCGGUCUGCGUGUACAUGAGGGACGAGGUGGCUGGCCGAGCUGCCCUGCAGAGCACGACGCUGCAGUCGCUGGGCCUCACCGGGGGCAGCGCCAUCCUCAGGUUUGCCAUGCGGCCGCACGACUCUGCUGCUAGGCCGGAGCCUGGGGUCUCUUGGAGCAGGAGCCCGGCCAGCCCGGCUGCCGCCCUGCCAGCCCAGCAGGUGGCCGGCAGCCCGCUGCUCCCCUGGGACUCCGAGGGGCUCAGCCAGGGCGACGUGAGCCGGCAGGACGGAGCGGCCGCCUCGGGGGCUGGCCCCAUGGACAGCCCGGGCCCGAAGCCCGCAGACACCCCGGCAAAGCCGACCUCCAAGGAGCCCCCGCCCACCCCCUUCGUGCCUUUCUCAGGGUGGGGGCAGCGCCUGGGGGGCCCCUGUGGGUCUGCGCGGUGUCCGCCGUCGCCCAGGCUGCCCAAGUCCUUCUCCAGCCCCGGGGGCCCCUCCAAGCCGAAGAAGUCCAGGCCCCCGCCGGAGCCCGAGCCGGAGCCAGACCCAGAGCCGCCGGUGGCCCGGGACCCCGUGGUGUGCCACCCCGACCAGGAGGAGCUGCCGCUGGCCCGGCCGGCAGAGCUGCCCGACGAGUUCUUCGAGGUGACCGUGGACGACGUGCGCAGACGCCUGGCCCAGCUCAAGAGUGAGCGGAAGCGCCUGGAGGAGGCCCCCUUGGUGACCACGGCCUUCAGGGAGGCCCAAACAAAGGAGAAGCUGGAGCGGUACCCCAAGGUGGCCCUGAGGGUGCUGUUCCCUGACCGCCACGUCCUGCAGGGCUUUUUCCGGCCCAGCGAGACAGUGGGGGACCUGCGGGACUUUGUGAGGAGCCACCUGGGGAACCCCGAGCUGCCCUUCCACCUGUUCAUCACGCCUCCCAAAACCACCCUGGACGACCACACGCUGACCCUCUUCCAGGCAGAGCUCUUCCCCGCUGCCCUGGUGCACUUCGGAGCUGAGGAGCCCGCAGGCCUCUACCUGGACCCCAAGCUGCUGGAACACACCAUCGCCCCGUCUGCGGCUGACACGCUGGUGGCCAGGUGCAUGUCCAGGGCCCCCACCCCCCAGUCCCCGCUGCCAGCCCUGGACCCUGCGCCCCUGGAGCCGGAGGCAGCUGCCCAGGAGAGCGCUGUGGGGCCCCCCGAGCCCAGCCCCAGGCCGGCCCAGCCCUUGAGGAGGGACCUGGGCAAGGUGCCCAAGUGGCUGAAGCUGCCAGCCAGCAAGAGGUGAGAGCUGCCAGCCAGAGGUUCCCACCCCGCCGGCGACAGGACCCCUCCCCACCCCGACUCAAAUAAAGACUGGAGCCUCCCC